AUGAACUUUCAAAUUGUUGAGUUCGCUGUCAAGGCCAAUCGAGACCUCACCUACACAUACCAUGAUUCUAUUUCCACUCGUGAAACCCAUAUGCGUGGGUCCGGACCUGGAGACAGCCCUUAUGUUGAAUUAUCGAACUUCAACGCCGAUCGUAUUCCUGCCCAGGGGGAGACCGGCGCACCCCCAGAGAACGGAAACUACAUUCAGUUGGCUCUUCAAGGCCUCCGACCUAUCUAUCUCUAUCAUGAGAACGGUUAUCUGAAGUCCAUGCCCGAGCCUACAAAUCCAAGCACCGCAGCCUUGGAAGAUGGGAGCCAGUAUGUGCUCUUGAUUGAGGAGUCAGGGAACGAGAUCCAUCUGAAGCUUCAAAAAUACCAAAAUAUCAAGAUGGGCCUGAAGGCUGAGAACGCGUGGUUAAUAUUGAGUAGCUUUGAGAAUCCCUGUACUUCUAUCUCUAUUGGGGUAGGCGAACUAGAUUAA